GCUUAUGCGCCUUCAACUUCACUCAUACGCUAUAACAGUCUACCCAUCUAUCUCGUUCCCUAUAGAAUAUCGAACCAUUCUAAGACAACCACCACUUACCUUUGGCGCAAGCACGUACUAUCGACAUCAUCUCGUCUCGUUCGUCGUACGAGGUACCCACGAGGUAAAAAGGCAUUCCGUACCCCCACCCCCCAAAAAAGAAAGCGAAGCGGCGCACCGCAAUCCCACCCGUCCUGGACGCACAAAACCCACGAUCCCGAGCCGCGAUGCCGGGCCUCACACUCAACACCAACACCGCCGUCGCCGGCGGCAGCAGCCCAUCCGCAAACAACUCUAACCAGGCCUCCGCCGCGAACUCGCAAGACCCGGCGCGCCCCCCUUCCUCCCCGCCCCGACCGACCUACAGCCCCAUCACGCCGCCUCUCAACCCGGUCGCGCUGCCGCCGCCGCUGUCGCGGCCGACAUACACGCACAGCUCGCAGCGGGAGCAGGUCGGGGUGGCGCCGCCGGCGCCGGAGCCCAUCGACUUCGACAGCAACCCGGACGCGCUGGCGCUCAAGUCGGCGAUCUCGAUCCUGCAGCUGCAGCGCCGGAAGGCGGCCGCCGACAUGGCGCUGCUGGGCCGCGUCAAGGCCGCCGCGCUCGCCGACCCCGAGGCCUUCGUGCGGGACCUGGCGGCGGGGCGCGUGGGCGUCGAGGGCGACGCGCUGUUUGCCGGGAGCAGUAGCGCUGUGGAUGAUGAGGAUGAUGAUAGUGAUGAUGAGGAGGAGGAGGAAGAUGAGGAGAUGGAAGAUACUACGGAGGGUAAUGCUGCAGCUGCCGGACAGCCCGCAUCAUCUAGUACCACCACUACGGACACGCAUCCAGGCACGAGUAACGGUACCACAACAACCAAUAAUCAUAAUCAUAAUCAUAACACCCCAGGGGCCUCACCCCAUCCCGGAAUCACACCCUCCCUCAACCCCAACCCCAACCCCCUCGCCACAGAAUCCUCCUCCUUUUCCUCCCCCCCUCCCCCGCAACCGCGCCCACAACCCCCACGCCGCCCCUGGACCACGCUCCCCAAGCCCCAAAACAUAGUCCGCUGCCCGCCCAUCAACUGGGCGCAGUACGCCGUCGUCGGCGAGUCCCUCGACAAGCUGCACGCGGAGCAGCUCGCGCGGCCCUCCCAGGGCGUCCCCGCCACCCUGGGCCCCGACGGCCGCUACGACUUCAGGGCCGACCAGCCCGGGCGCCAGGAGAAGCUGCCCGGCGGCGUCGUUGCGGCUCCGUACGCCCCCGGCAAGGACCGCGUCGACAGGAAGCCUAAGAAGGGACCGAAGCGGUGAGACGUGAGUUCAGGUGAUGGGAUGUGAGGUCUGAGCCGUCGCAGAAUCGGGGUUUAUUAUCUUAUCCACUUCCUCGAGCACGCCGGAGGAGGAUUUAAUUAGAUAAAGAUAUAGGCGCUUUAGUUUACCCCUCGAGGGUUCGAAAGAGAAGGAUGGAUGGAUGGAGAGAGAGAGAGAAAGACAGGGGUAAUACAUAAUCGACUGACUGGCCUUCACGUCACGGUUUACGGCGCACAAAGACGUGCAUAUUGCAAAGAGUAGCAGCAGCAUCAUAUUAACGGUACAUAUUACUUUGGGAGGUUUGGUGUCAUUGAUGGGCGUUACUUUAGGUAUCUUUGACCAUAGAUAUGGUAAAUAUCAUUAACAGGUAGGAGUCAUAGCAAAAAAAAUGUUUUUUAGGGCAAUCUUUUUUUUUUAAAAAAAAAAAAAAAACGUAUAACGGGUAUUUAAUUAAUGUAACCCUGCAAAUUGUGACUG